CCCGCCCCGGGCGGCGGCGGCGGCGUGCUGAUGGCGGGCCGUGGGGGCUGCCGGCCCGGUCGGGAGCAGCUGGAGCUGGAGCGGCUGGGCGAGGCGGCGCGGGCCGGCUCUUGCCCGCCGUCGCCGCCGCUCUCCGCCUGCUCGCGGCAGGCCUGGAGCCGGGACAACCCGGGCUUCGAGCCCGAGGAGGAGGUGGCGGCGGCGGCGGCAGGGCCGGUGCUGGAGAUGGACGUGGAGUGGGGCAGCCCUGCGGCCGAUGCUUCGUCGUCGUCGGGCAGCGGCGCGGCGGGUCAGGGCGACGGCGGGCGGCGGCAGCGGCGGCUCCCCGCGGGGCGCGGCGCGGCGGAGAUGCUGAGCCGCCACCAGGUGCCGCCCGAUGGCGCCGCACCCCACCGAGCGACCUGGGCCAAGCGCCUGGCGCGGCGGCUGCGAGGUCUGUGGGGGACAAGACUCAUGGAAGAAAGCAACACCAGCAGAGAACGAUAUCUAAAAAGUGUUUUGCGGGAGUUGGUUACAUACAUGAUUUUCCUUGUGGUCUUGUGUGUCCUGACUUAUGGGACAGUGAGUUCCAGUAUGUACUAUUACACCAGGGUUAUGUCGCAGCUCUUCCUGGAAACACCUGUAUCAAAAAUGGAGAAAACUGAUUUCAAAACUUUGUCCACAAUGGAUGACUUCUGGAAGUUCACAGAAGGCCCUUUGCUGGAUGGUCUUUACUGGGAGAUGUGGUACAACAACAAAACCAUGGCAGAAAACAAAAGCUUCAUUUAUUAUGAGAACUUGCUCCUAGGAGUGCCUCGCAUUCGACAGCUCAAAGUGAGAAAUGGUUCGUGCUCAAUACCUGAAGAUUUAAAGGAUGAAAUCAAAGAUUGCUAUGAUGUCUAUUCUGUAGCUAAUGAAGAUACUGCUCCUUUUGGACUUCGAAAUGGAACAGCUUGGACAUACACCAAUGAGAAAGACUUGAAUGGGAGCAGCCACUGGGGCUUGAUUGCCACAUACAGUGGGGCUGGUUAUUACCAAGACCUUUCAAGGACCAGAGAAGUGACAGCUGUGCAGAUUGCUAGCCUUAAGAAGAACCUGUGGCUGGACAGAGGGACCAGAGCAGCUUUCAUUGAUUUCUCCGUAUACAAUGCAAAUAUCAACCUAUUCUGUGUUGUCAGGCUGUUAGUGGAGUUUCCAGCGACUGGAGGCCUUGUUACGUCUUGGCAGUUUCAGCCAGUGAGGCUGAUUCACUACAUCUCCACAUUUGAUUUUUUCCUGGCAGCCUGUGAAAUGGCAUUUUGUCUUUUUGUUCUUUAUUACAUGGUGGAAGAGAUCUUAGAAAUUCACAUUCAUAGAUUGCACUACUUCAGAAGUCUCUGGAAUUGCCUUGAUAUCCUUAUCAUUGUGCUCUCUGUGGUAGCUAUAGGAAUUAGCAUCUAUAGGACAUCAGCUGUUGAUAUGCUGCUGAAGAAGCUGCUGGAAGAUCAGAACUCGUUCCCCAAUUUUGAGCCUUUGGCAUAUUGGCAAAUGCAAUUCAACAACAUUGCUGCAGUCACUGUGUUUUUUGUCUGGAUUAAGCUUUUCAAAUUUGUUAACUUCAACAGAACAAUGAGUCAGUUAUCCACUACCAUGUCUCGCUGCGUCAAAGAUGUCAUUGGCUUUGCUAUUAUGUUUUUUAUUAUUUUCUUAGCAUAUGCUCAGUUGGCCUAUCUUGUCUUUGGCACUCAAAUCGAUGACUUCAGCACUUUCCAGGACUGCAUAUUUACUCAGUUCCGCAUCAUUUUGGGAGACUUCAACUUCACAGAGGUUGAAGAAGCUAAUCGAAUUUUGGGACCAAUUUAUUUCACUACAUUUGUGUUCUUUAUGUUCUUCAUUCUUUUGAACAUGUUUUUGGCCAUUAUCAAUGAUACAUACUCCGAAGUCAAAUCAGAUAUGGCACAACAGAAGGCAGAAAUGGAACUGUCUGACCUUAUCAGAAAGGGCUACAACAAAGCCAUGAUCAAACUUAAACUGAAGAAAACUACUGUUGAUGACAUUUCAGAAAGUCUGAGACAAGGCGGAGGAAAACUAAAUUUUGAUGAACUCCGGCAAGAUCUAAAAGGGAAGGGGCACACAGAUGCAGAGAUUGAAGCAAUAUUUACCAAAUAUGACCAGGAUGGGGACCAGGAAUUGACAGAGCAUGAACAUCAGCAGAUGAGAGAUGACCUGGAGAAAGAGAGGGAGGAUCUGGACCUGGAUAGGAGCUCUCUGCCACGUCCUCUGAGCAGCCGCAGCUUCCCCCGGAGCUUGGACGACUCUGAGGAGGAUGAGGAUGAAGACAGCGGGCACAGCUCCAGAAGGAGGGGCAGCAGCUCUAGUGGGGUUUCCUAUGAAGAGUUCCAAGUACUCAUGAGGCGGGUCGAUCGCAUGGAGCAUUCUAUCGGCAGUAUUGUCUCCAAGAUCGAUGCAGUUAUUGUGAAGCUCGAAGCAAUGGAAAGAGCCAAACUAAAAAGGAGAGAUGUGUUGGGAAGACUGUUAGAUGGAGUGACAGAGGAUGAAAGGCUGGGUCGUGACAAUGAAAUCCACAGGGAACAAAUGGAGCGACUUGUGCGAGAGGAGUUGGAGCGAUGGGAAUCGGAUGAUACGGCAUCCCAAAUGAGCCAUCGGUUGGGAACACCACUCGGACUGAAUGGCCAGCCUCGGUCAAGGAACUCUCGGCCAUCUUCCUCCCAGUCAGAUGGUAUUGAUGGGGGAGGAGGAAAUGGGGGCAAUAACAUACAUGUGUAGGAUUAACUUUGUAGGUGAUUCUAAAUGUUUCAGGUCAGUAUUAAGCCAGCAAAUAUGCUCCUUCACUGUUUCCCAGCAUGAGGUGAUCAUCCUGAUCAAACCACUAAGGAUAAUUUUCACUGGUGGGCAAAAGUAAAUAUUCUCUUCAUAAGGCAUUUUCAGACCUAUGUAAGCCAUGUGUCACAUUCAAGUUACCAACAGUGAGACUGUCAGCCUUGGAAAUAAAAAUGGAGGAGAUAGAAUGGAAACAAGGUGUGACAAAAACUACCUAGAGAGAAUUUUGGUUCCAUACAUGUAUUAUGGGGAAUACUUUCAUGAGGGCAGCAAGCUUCAGACAAAAUGAUGCGCUGUGGCUAAAACACUCAAAUGAAAGGCUGUGUGUUUUCUGCUUUCUAUUAGAAAACAGGAUUUUUAAAUGCUUUUUUAAAGCAGUUUUUAAAAGGAGAUGGCAUCAGUUUAUUGUCUCAUUCAUUAUAACAGCCGACACUUUUCAAAGAAAUAAAACAGCACUUUUUUUUUUUUAUUUUGAGUUUCUACCUAUUUUUCUGAGUUAUUCUUGGUGUACAAACAUUUUGAUUAACUUAAAUGUUUGUUUUGAGAAAUACUAUGUUUCUUUAAACAGAAGAAAGUGCACUUAGUUUGUACAACUGUAAAUCACGUUAUUCCGCAAUGGAAACUGUAUGCCUUACGUGUUUUUGCAUUUCAUUAGCAUUUCAGAAAUAAUAUUUGAGAACUGCCUCUUCACACCCAACUAAUGUAAUCAUUUUCAGCUUUGUUGCAAAGUGCCCAUUUUUUAAUGCUAUGCUUUCAUGAUCUUGGUGUUCCUGGGAUAAACAUUCCACAGGUUCUUAGGUAAAUAUGGUUACUUUGCAGAAAAUACAUUAUUUAAAAGCACACAAAAUUGAAGAACACUAACUCUUCCUUGGGUGUGACAGGGAAGGGGGCAGAGAAGUUGCUGACAGUUGGGAAAAUCUAAUCUCGUGCUCUGUGAAGUUCUAAUCAUGUCUCAACUAUGUAGUCUGUAUUUACAUUUAACAGAACUGCUUGUAAAAUUACUAGGUAUAUUUCUACAUAGGCUUUUCUACUGAGGUGCAACAUGUGAUUCCUUUGGAAAGGUAUUUGUAGUAUAAUCAAUGACUUCUAGUAUUUCGUUUCCUCUGCUUUCCGUGUCAUAGAAGCUUUGCUUUUGAAAGGAAAUGCAACACUGAAAUUACAUUGGCUUCCUAUAGAAAGCAUUGAGGCAUGGUGUUUGUAGUUUUGCCUAGCAAUAUUCACUACGUGGAAUACCGAUUUAGGAGGGAGGUUGUCAAUUGUGCAUUUUUCCUGAAGAUGGCAGUUGUCUUGUAUUUAAAGACAGAGUUGGUGUAAAUGAAAAUGGAAAGCUACAUAGUCAAACACAUAUUAGCUAUUAGUAGGGUAUAUAGAGGAAAAAAUGCCUAUUUAACAAAGUAUAAGUAGCUUGUGUAUGUUAUGUUGGUGCUUUCUGUUUCAAAAAGCAGUUGUUGCUGGGUUUAGCACCUCAUUCUUGUGGUAGUACUGCUUAAGCAAAGCUUACAUCUUGCAUAUGUUCUUACAACUGCAUUGCCUGGAUGUACAAUGACCCAGAAUACCUUCCCUCUAACCGGAGAAUUUGCUAAAACUAAAUAGACUUCAUGCCUUUCCUGUUUUAAGUUUACAAGAAACCAUAUGCCCAGAAACUUAAUUAACGUAAGGUGGAGCAGGAGGAAGUCCAAGGUGGAUGUCAUGGUUUAAGCCCAGCCAGCAACUAAGCAUCACGCAGCUGCUCACUCACUUCCCUCCCACCCAGUGGGAUGGGGGAGAGAAUCAGGAAAAAAAAGUAAAACUUGUGGGUUAAAAUAAGAACAGUUUAAUAGGACAGAAAGGAAGAAAAAAAUAGUGAUAAUAAUAGCAAUAAUAAAAUGAAAAUAAUAAUAAUAAAAGAAUUGGAAUAUACAAAACAAGUGAUGCACAAUGCUCACCACUCACUGACCGAUGCCCAGUUAGUUCCUGAGCAGUGAUCCGCACCCCCAGGCCAACUCCCCCCAAUUUAUAUACUGGGCAUGAUGUCACAUGGUAUGGAAUACCCCGUUGGCCACUUUGGGUCAGCUGCCCUGGCUGUGUCCCCUCCCAGCUUCUUGUGCCCCUCUAGCUGCCUUGCUAGCUGGGCAUGAGAAGCUGAAAAAUCCUUGACUUGUUGCUAAAUAGUGUUUAGACUAACUGAAAACAUCAGUGUGUUAUCAACAUUCUUCUCAUACUGAACCCAAAAUGUAACACUAUACCAGCUACUAGAAAGAAGAUUAACUCUAUCCCAGCCAAAACCAGGACAGUCGACAUUGGAAUUUCUUAGUAGCUUUGGCUUGAGAACAGAAUGAAGUGCAAAAACAGGCUGUGAUUCUUGUGAAGUAUUUUUUCUUUCUGUGGGUUAUUUUGUCCUGUACUAGGAAGAAAUUCAUACUCUUUCACAAGAGACCCUGUCAACUUCCGAAAAUGGUGCACAGCACAACGGUUAGGGCAUUUGUGUGAAACAGGAGACACUCAGACUAAGCUCUGUGUUGCCUUGAUUGAAAGUUUUUGGACCUUACAGACCUUCCUGAGGAAAGCUUUUCUGUGUUGAACUGGCGUUUCUGACUUCAAACAAACAAACAAAUUUUAAAAAAAAUCUAGCUGUACACAUGGCCAGCUGGUGUGCAAGCAAAACAGAAAAUACAAUAUAAAGCAAUUUAAAUAUACAUAGCCUUGUCUUUAUAUUCAUAUCCAAAAUGUGUAGUGUGUUGGUACGUGACAUGAUUUACAGCUUAAACUUUGAGGCAUGCCAGCUAAUUACAUGUGUGUAACGUAACUGAUGUUGGGUUUCUACGGUCAAGGGUUACCUAAAUGCUAAGGUAGUAUUUAAAUAAUCAUGUACUUAAAAUCAAUGACUUCGGCCAAAUGACCCAACUUGAGUUCUUCAGCAGUCAGCUGGAACCUUACUAAGAAUACCUUGUGUUAUGGCUUGUGCCUGUGGCCUGUAAAGCCUGUGGCAUACUGAAGCUUAUGGCAGCAGGGACUGGGGAGUGUGCAGAAGUGAUCUAGUGGUCAUCUGUUGGUGAGGCAGGGCCUUCCUGGGGGGAAAGAAAGCAAAACUAAACCAAUCAGUAUGGUUUUAAAUAGGUUUCCUGUAAAAAUGUAUCUUUCAAAAUGUAAAUUCAAUCAGGCAGUUCAUCUUUUAUUUGUAGUAUAUGUUUUUUACGAAAAUGUUUGCAUUCAUAGCUGUAUUUGUUGAGGUAUAUUUCUGUAACGUGUCGUUACUUAAUAACAAACUUCAUCUUGAAGUGCAGUAAGUUUUCAUGGGGUACCCCUGUGUGUUGACAAUAGGCCUUGCAGCAAGUGCAUGGCCACUUGACAAAUGUUACAAACAUUUUAUUAUUUCACUUUUCAACUUUAGAUUAUAAUAUCAUUUGUCACUUAUUACAAAGGUAAAGUUUUUGCAUAGUAAUUUACAGUGUUUGGUCUUAUUAGGAAGCUGUUAAUUAUGCAAGUCUUCUACAAUGAUCAAGAAUGUAUUGAUCUGUAAAACUGAGCACUUUACGUCCUAAUAAACGUUUUACAUAAUCUAUAAAGCAAA